GCAAAUCCUUCUCCUAAUGGUCGAGUUGCAUUAGUUAAAAGAGGUGUCUGUUCUUUUGUUGAUAGAGCAGUACUUGCAUCAAAAUAUAAUGUUGCUGCUCUUCUAUUCUACAAUGAUGGUACAUCACCUGAUCGUAUUUCACCCAUUUUUAUUAGCUUAGGACAGAAUAAUGAAUUACCAGCACUCUUUCUUUCAUAUACUCUUGGUCAAGAACUUGCUGAUGCUGCUCAAAAUCCAUUAAAUAAUGUUGGUGUACAUAUAACUAUCCGUGUAGCUGAUGAAUCAAGAUAUCCUGUUGGUAAUAUUUGUGCUGAUACACCAACAGGUGAUGCUACUCAAACUAUUGUUAUUGGUGGUCAUAGUGAUAGUGUACCGGCUGGUCCAGGCAUUAACGAUAAUAGUAAUGGUAGUGUAGCAAAUCUUGGUUUAGCUGUAGCUCUUGCUCGUCUGUUUGAAACAUCUACUUAUAAGAAAUACAAAUACCGAGUGCGAUUUUGUUGGUGGGGUGCUGAAGAAGUUGGUCUUCUUGGUUCUGAUUUUCAUAUCAAACAAGCACAAAAUUCUACGAGUGUUGGUGAACGCUUGAGUGAUUAUUUGAUCAAUCUUAAUUAUGAUAUGCUUGGUUCAUCAAAUUACAUGUUUGGUAUUUAUGAUGGACGAACAGCAAACAAUAAUACACCAGCUCAUGCUCUUCCAGGUACUAAUAAAGUAACAAACCUCUACCGUGAAUGUGGUCUAAGUGAUCAUAGUCCAUUUUUAGCUGCAGGAAUUGUUGCUGGCGGAUUAUUCUCUGGUGCAGCUGGUUUGAAAUCGCUUGACGAACGUAAUUAUUAUGAUAAAAUGCUUGGUCAAGGAUUGGGUGGUAUUGCUGAUACUAUUCAUGAUCCAUGUUAUCAUCAAGCUUGUGAUUCCAUUCAAAAUAUAAAUGUAUUUGCAUAUGAAAAGAUGGUGCAAGCGCAGCUGCUUAUGUUUUAG